GGGGCUCAGCUGCCUGGCCCGGCCCCGCGGGGGGAACGGGACGCGCGGAGCCGGGCGGCGGGGGGGGGAGCUCGCCCCUUCCCCGGGCGGCUCCGUCAGCGGCUGCGUCGCCGAGCCCAGCACAGAAACUUUUCGGCGAGUGUCGGCAGGCUGCGGGCUAAUCUCGCUCUUCUCCGUCUCCUCCUCUUCUUCUUUUUCUCUCUCUAUUCUUCUCUCCUACCUCUGCUCUCCCUCUCCUCCUCUUCUUCCUCUUUUUUCCAUCUUUUCUCCCCACGACCCACACCGCUCCUCUCCCCCUUCCUUUUGUCUCCGCAGAUAUCGGCACACAAAGCUGGUCCCAGAUUUGAGCGGCGGCGAGGCCCCCUGAUGAGCCAGCCUGGGGAGCACCAUGGAUCUGACUAAGAUGGGCAUGAUCCAGCUGCAGAACCCCUGCCACCCCACCGGGCUGCUGCACAAAGCCAACCAGAUGCGCCUGGCGGGGACGCUCUGUGACGUGGUCAUCAUGGUGGACAGCCAGGAGUUCCAUGCACACCGGACAGUGCUGGCCUGCACCAGCAAGAUGUUUGAGAUCCUCUUCCAUCGCAACAGUCAGCAUUACACCUUGGACUUCCUCUCGCCAAAGACCUUCCAGCAGAUCCUGGAGUAUGCCUACACUGCCACCCUGCAGGCCAAGGUCGAAGACCUGGAUGACCUGCUCUAUGCUGCCGAGAUCCUGGAAAUCGAGUACCUGGAGGAGCAGUGCCUGAAGAUCCUGGAGACCAUCCAGGCCUCCGAGGACAACGAUACUGAGGUCACCAUGGCCGAUGGAGCCACUGCCACCACCACUGAGGAAGAGGAGGAGAGGAAGUCAAGAUACAUCAAGGGUCUCUUCAUCUCCAAGCCCACUGGUGAGGAGAGCAGCUACGCCAGCACAGCCUGCCAGAGCCUGCCCGGAGCUGCAGCACAGCAGAGCCCCUCAUCCUCUGCUUCCUUUGGCCCCCUCUCUGCCAUGAGUCCCACCAAGGCGGCGGUGGACAGCUUGAUGACCAUCGGGCAGUCGCUGCUGCAGGGCGCUCUGCCCUCCGCUGCCCCCGAGGACUCGCGCCCCAGCAGCCGCCGUCCCCCCGGCCUCACUGAGGUCAAAACUGAAGCGAUGCAGGUGGACGAUGCCUCUGGCCAUGACAGCCCGCAGACGGCUGAGCCCGGGGCCUCCAGUGGGGAGAAGCCAGAUGAGAAGGGCAAGGAAGGACCUGGCACCCCGACCCGCAGCAGCGUCAUCACCAGUGCCCGCGAACUGCACUACACCCGCGAGGAGGGUGCCGAGCCACCACCCGAGGCCGGCCAGGGGCUGCCUCUGGGUCCGGAGCCCUCUGCCACAGUUGCCCAGGGCGAGAAGCCCAUGGGCAUCUACACCCUGCUGCCGAACCACAAGACUGAGUCGGUGCUUGGUGUGCCGCCGGCUGUGGCGUCUGCCCUGCACGUGCAGCCGGCUCUGGCUGUCUCCAUGGACUUCAGUGCCUAUGGGGGGCUGCUGCCCCAGGGCUUCAUCCAGCGGGAGCUCUUCAGCAAGCUGGGGGAGCUGGCGGCCGGCAUGAAGACAGAGAGCAGAGCACUGGGCGAGCAGUGCAGUGUGUGCGGGGCAGAGCUGCCAGACAACGAGACCCUUGAGCAGCACAGGAAGCUGCACAGCGGGAUGAAGACCUACGGAUGUGAGCUGUGCGGGAAGCGGUUCCUGGACAGCUUGCGGCUGCGAAUGCACUUACUGGCUCACUCAGCGGGCGCCAAGGCCCUGGUCUGCGAUCAGUGCGGUGCUCAGUUCUCGAAGGAGGAUGCGCUGGAGACGCACCGGCAGACACACACCGGGACGGACAUGGCUGUGUUCUGCCUGUUGUGCGGGAAGCGGUUCCAGACACAGAGUGCCCUGCAGCAGCACAUGGAGGUGCAUGCCGGGGUGCGGAGCUACAUCUGCAGCGAGUGCAACCGCACCUUCCCCAGCCACACUGCGCUCAAGAGGCACCUCCGCUCCCACACAGGUGACCACCCGUACGAGUGCGAGUUCUGUGGCAGCUGCUUCCGCGACGAGAGCACGCUGAAGGGCCACAAGCGCAUCCACACUGGCGAGAAGCCCUACGAGUGCAACGGCUGCGGCAAGAAGUUCAGCCUCAAGCACCAGCUGGAGACCCACUAUCGGGUCCACACAGGCGAGAAGCCCUUUGAGUGCAAGCUGUGCCACCAGCGCUCCCGGGACUACUCAGCCAUGAUCAAACACCUCCGGACCCACAACGGUGCUUCCCCCUACCAGUGCACCAUCUGCCUGGAGUACUGCCCCAGCCUCUCCGCCAUGCAGAAGCACAUGAAGGGCCACAAGCCGGAGGAGAUCCCAACCGACUGGCGGAUAGAGAAGACCUACCUCUACCUCUGCUAUGUCUGAGGGAGGUGGCGCAGGGGCGGUGGGGCCGAGUGGCGGAGGAGGACUGGGCAAAAAAACAACCACCAAACCGCAGCGUCCACGGCCUUGUUUCUUUUUGGUUCUUGUUCAUUGCUUCUCGCCCAAAGGAUCCUGCGGCUUGCGCUGGAAUGGGGGGAUGCACCAGCCCCCGCCGCCUCUGCAUGCCCUCCCCGGCCGCCCUUGCUGUGGGGGGCUCUCUCCCCUUGCUCCCUGGCUGGCCUCUCCAUCACUGCUGGCAUUCGCCCCCAGCACUGCUGGGAAGACCACGUAGGAAAGACGAAAGUGUGCACCGGCAUCACCAGUGCACUGGGAAGGCUUCUGGUGUUCUCUGUCACCACGCGGACCCCACUGUGGAUGCCCUGCUGAGGACCCAAGCUCAUACAUGGGGCACAGCCCUGCAUGGGGCUCAGCCCCUGUUACAGGAGGGUUCCUGCACCGUU